GCAAGCCCUCGCCAAGUACGAGAUGGUCAUGCCGGAUGGCGGCGUCGGAGGGGCCUUCGCCCUCGAUGCGGGUGCCAGUGGAUAUGCGACGAGGCCAGCAGCGUCGGCUCUUCGGCGCGUUGGGGUCGUGGCCGUGGCGUUUGACGCUGCGAAGGCGUUCGAAGACGAGCUGCCGACAGACGAGCGCGCCAACUGCGAGGGCAAUGCUGGCGCGGGCGCGACGCCCGCGGGCCCUCGCGAGGGCGACGGGGCCACGCUGCUGAUGUGCAUGUCCUGCCUGGCGGUGCUGGCGACGCCCGGCCAGUCCUGGAAGUCGGGCCGAGGGGAUCCGCCAGUGCGGG